ACAAGGAGGCCCUACUGAUCCAAAUAAGGAGCAGCUGGAGGUUCUUGAUGAUGAUGAGCUCGCCUUGAUCACGAGGCGAUUCAUGCGCUUCAACGACAACCGCAAGAACAGGCGAAGGAACAACAACAACUGCUUCGAUUGUGGCAAGCCAGGCCACUUCGCCGCCAACUGCCCCGACAAGAACAAAACCAAGAGCAAGUACGACUACAACAAGCACAAGAACAAGGACGGCACCAAGAAGAAGAAGAAGUACACCGACCGCGAGAAGAAGGAGUAUCGCAAGAAGGCCAAAGCACGUGCCUUCAUCGCCUCCCUCAGCGAUGUCAACUCCGACACCGACGACCACACCGACUCAAGCUCAAGCGAGGAGGACGAUGACCGCAAGGCAAAGAAGAAGGACGGCAAGAACUUGAGGUAAAGAACCGCGAUGGGUAC